AUGGAAUCCAAUUUCCAUGGUCGUUCAAACAGCUUGCCCUCUAGACCACACCCUCUCAUUCUUAAAUGCAAUCAGCACUUGGACACCUUAAGGGCUUCCAAUGAAACCUCCACUUCCUCAUCAUUGCUUCGCCAUAAGAUUGGAGGCUUGCAAGAUUUGAUUGUGUGUGUUGAAAAGUUGAUUCAGCUUCCUCUCACCCAACAUGCCCUUCUCCACGAGUGUCAAGAGAAUUGGGUAGAUGACCUUUUGGAUGGAUCCUUAAGGCUCUUAGAUGCAUGCACUUCAGCCAAAGAUGCUUUAUUGCAUACAAAAGAAUGCACACGUGAACUUCAAUCAAUGAUAAGAAGGAAGAGGGGUGGUGAAGUGAAGCUGACAUUAGAGGUUAAGAAAUUCUUGACAUGUAGGAAGGUAGUGAAAAAGGCCACCUCAAAAGCAUUGUCAAAUCUGACGGGCACUUCAAGAAAUUGCAACAUCUCAUAUCCUACAAACAAAGACCAUCAAACAGUGGCUUUGAUGAGCUUAUUACGAGAUGUGGAAGUGGCUACACUAUCAACAUUUCAGACAAUGCUGCAAUUUAUCUCAGGGUCAACACAACCAAAGUCAAACAGGUGGCUUUCCUUUUCUAAGCUGAUGCAGCCCAAAAGAGUAGGUUGCUCUCUGGUGGCAGAUGAAAAUGAAUUUGCCCAAGUGGAUUUGGCAUUGCAAAGCUUCGUUUUUACCAAGACUAGCAAGUAUGAAGACGUAAAUGGUUUGCAAAACCACUUGGAGAAAAUGGAGUCGUGCAUUCAAGACCUUGAAGAAGGACUUGAGUUUCUAUUUAGGCGUCUCAUUAAAAUCAGAGUUUCUCUUCUCAAUAUCCUCAACCACUAG